CGUUACCCCUUGCCACUAGUUUCAUUCGGACGAUCAUGCGGUUUACAUGUUUUUUAUUACACACCGACGAUGAAAAUGUGCAUACGUGAUGUAAUCGUGCUCCCAUUUUCGAGCUUCUCUAUCAACCGUUGAACGCUCUGCCUCAAAAGUGAACCUCGUCUCUCCGAGACCCUCUGCUCUCUUCGGAUGUGACGAUAUUAUUGAAAAAUGUUUUGAGAUACGCAGCAUUGUUCGUUGGAUAGUUUCGUGCGAUGAAAAAUGGUGAAAAUGAAGGGGGAAUCGAUCGAUGUUGAGAAACGAAUGAAUCGUGACUCACCGAGUAUGAAGGAAAAUAUGCGUAAUGACGAUUGCGAUGUCGAAGCGGAAUUGACCAGUCUUUCGUGGUUACAAUCGCUCGACAUUACGAGUGCUUCUAGUUUGCCAACGCCUCCUUGUUCUCCAUCUCCACCACCGGUGACGCGGCAACCCAGAAAAAAGCUCUCGCCCUUGAUUAAGGCCGAAUUAGAUCUAGCUGCAAAUGCCGACAAAUAUCGAACUGAUCCUGACGCAAAACCGCCAUUUUCGUACGCCACCAUCAUUUGCCUGGCGAUGCGUGCGAACAAUAACAAAGUGUCUCUCUCAAACAUAUACGCAUGGAUUCGAGAAAAUUUCUUAUUUUACAAAUAUGCCGAUCCUGCUUGGCAGAAUUCAAUCCGGCACAAUCUAUCGUUGAACAAAUGUUUCGUCAAGUUACCACGUUCGAAAGAUGAGCCAGGGAAGGGCGGUUUCUGGAAAUUGGAUUUGGAGAGGAUGGAAGAAGGUAGAAAAUCGAAACGGCGGGCAAGCAUGUCCCAACGAAUUCGUGGGUCGAAGAAAUUAACGUCCGGGAAAACAACGAUGGUAACGAACGAUGCACAAAGCAAUGGUGCCCCGUCGAUCAAUUGUCCCUCCACCUUGUACGAGACUCCGCCCAGUAGCGUAUCUCCCCCGAUUCCGGAUUGCCUCUCGGAAAUUCCCGACUCCACGCAAGUCAGUUUAAGCGAGGAUGAUCUGACCGGUUUGCUAAUCGCUACCGCGGGUUGGGACGAGAAUCAAUUGGAUCUCUUGGACUCCCUUCUCGACACCCUGUAAAAACGGUUUUCACCGGCUCGAGCCUCUCUCCUAUUUACGCAAAUUCAAACUCGUUUAUUUACGUUCAACUUCCUCGACUUCACCCGGAACGAAAUUGUACGCAGCUCGGUCGAUAAGUAAGUUAUUCCUUCUUGACUUAACGCGCUGUAAAAAUAAAAGUAGAAAAAUUUUUUCUUAAAUAGCUGCAACAUAGAUGCAACGUUGUCGAUGUAAAGAAAAUACUUCAAUCGCAUCAAUCCAAGAUUCGAUAUUCGAGAUUCUACAAAAAAAAAAA